AUGAGCGCCACUCCUGAAGACAUGAUCCCCGCGCCAGGAGAGUGGCCCGUGGACCCCCAAGAUGAUGUACCCAUUUCGGACAAUCGCAUUUGGGUAGACGGAUGCUUUGACUUUAGCCAUCAUGGCCAUGCGGGCGCUAUGCUCCAGGCUCGCCAAUUGGGAGACGAGCUUUAUGUCGGUGUUCACUCUGACGAAGCAAUUCUCGAGAAUAAGGGGCCGACAGUUAUGACACUGGAUGAACGAGUAGCUGCAGUGGAAGCAUGUCGCUGGGUGACUCGCUGCGUUCCCUCUGCUCCUUACGUGACAUUUUUACCUUGGGUUUCGCACUACGGCUGCAAAUAUGUCGUCCAUGGCGAUGAUAUCACUUCCGACAGCAAUGGGGAGGACUGCUACCGGUUUGUUAAAGCUGCAGGGCGCUUUCGUGUGGUCAAGAGAACUCCGGGAAUAUCCACGACAGACCUUGUUGGGCGAAUGCUUUUGUGUACGAAAAACCAUUUCGUCAAAAGCGUAAAAGAUACCCUCAACGGGGAAGAAGGAUCUGGAAGUCUGGAAGAGCGCAAGCAUUCGGCCAAUAGUCUUAUGCAAAGGAUUCGUGAUUAUGCCACUGACGAGACUGGUCUACAGCCUGGCCCGCAGGUUUGGAUCUGGAACGGAUCGAGUUCUGCGAAACUUGGGAACACAGUCGAGGAACCUGGAGCAUUCGAGACAAUUGUUAACGGAAAGUCGCCAAGGCCUGGACAGCGAAUUAUCUAUGUCGAUGGGGGAUUUGACUUGUUCUCAUCCGGGCACAUCGAAUUCCUUCGACAGGUCUUAACGCAGGAGGAAUUGGAAGGCCACCGGCGUGGUUGGUAUGACGAAGAGCAAAAAGUCAAGAGAGUCAAAGAAUACGGAGAGGACUAUGGCCCUGCCUAUGUUGUUGCUGGCAUACAUGACGACGAUGUUAUAAACCACUGGAAAGGCCUCAACUACCCCAUCAUGAACAUCUUUGAACGCGGGCUAUGCGUUCUGCAGUGUCGCUAUAUACAUGCUGUGAUCUUUUCCUCGCCAUUCUCCCCAAGUCAAUCAUACCUGGAGGCCAUGCCACUAGGCGUUCCAGAUGCAGUUUACCACGGUCCUACUACGUUCAUACCCCUCACCUAUGAUCCUUAUGUGGCACCCAAGCGGAUGGGCAUUUUCAAAGAGACAUCUAGCCAUACGUACCAGCAUGUGAAUGCCGGUGAGAUCGUUGACAGGAUAUUGAAAAGUAGGGAAGCCUAUGAAGAAAGACAGCGCGCCAAACUCGAAAAGGGUGUUGUUGAGGAGUUGGCCAAGUCCAAAGAGUCAGCAUCUGCCUAG